AUGGCCCUGGACUCUCACAGCGAGUUCCAUCCCGUUGGUGUUUCUCACAGCCUUGCUGCCAAACUCUGUGGGCUGGGAAGCAGCUGGGAAUUGAGGAAGGAGCAGCGGUGUGAGUUGAAUUGUCGACCCUCAGGAUACCGUUUCUAUGUCCGUCACGCAGACCGGGUGCAGGAUGGGACACCGUGUGAAGCUAACUCCACGGACGUGUGUGUGGGCGGUCAGUGUCUGACGGCGGGCUGUGAUGGCACUCUGGGUUCGGGAACGAGGCCUGACCGUUGUGGAGUGUGUGGAGGGGAUGGUUCCUCCUGUGAGCUGGUUUUCGGGCUGUUUGAGGAUUCCCAGGUCAACGUCGGUUACCAUCGGAUCAUUUCCAUUCCGGCCGGAGCCACCAGGAUCAACGUAACGGAGGCAGCCCGCAGUCGGAACUACCUGGCCCUGAGGAGUCACUCAGGCCACUCGAUCAUCAACGGGAAUUGGGCGAUCGAUAGGCCAGGCCAGUACGAGGGAGCAGGAACCACUUUCACCUACGUCCGGCCGUCGGAGGGCACUGUCGGGGAGAGGGUCCACGCUAUGGGCCCCACCACUGAACCCAUCGAGGUUUACAUGAUCUUCCAACAGGAUAAUCCUGGGAUUCACUAUCAAUUUGUCCUCCCUGUGGAGAAGCCCACUCCUCCCCAGGCAAUUCCCCACCUUCCCAGCCAGACACACACCAGCCCCCAGAGAACCGGAGACCUGAGGGACGUCUCAGCAUUGUCCAGCAUCCCGGCUGUUAGCCACCGAGGCACACACCGCACCAUCCCCAAUCCCCCCAGGGUCCGCGGUGGGCAGCGUGACCGUCGCCUGCAGGUUUAUCACACCGACGCACAGGAGGAUCCCGCGCUGGCUCUGCCGAUUUACCGCUGGACGUCCCAGAGUCUGACUGAGUGUUCGGUCUCCUGUGGGAAAGGGUUCCAGUACCCGACCUUCCGCUGCCUGGCCCAGGAUACCCAGGAGUUAGUGUCAGAGGCCCUUUGUGACUCAGCAUCCAAACCUGCAAGUGUGGCCCAGUCCUGUAACACCCAGCCCUGCCCUGCUUUCUGGAGUGUGGGUUCCUGGUCCCAAUGCAGUAAGAGCUGUGGGAAGGGCAUUUACCAUCGGCAGGUGCUGUGUCGUCAGGCCUACGCAAACCGCACCGUGGCAGUUCACCCACGUCACUGUGCCCACCUGGAGAAACCCAACACCACCCAGCCUUGUGAGACCCGACCCUGUACCCACUGGCAGAUCCAAACGGACUGGGAAUCGUGUUCUGUGCCGUGCGGAGUGGGACAGAGGAAGAGAAGCAUCCGCUGCGUCAGUAACCAGGGCAACGUGGUGGGUGAGGGAGAGUGCAGCGCCAAGCAGAAACCCACCGACAGUGAGGCCUGUGACAUGGGCCCCUGUGUGACCAGCUGGUUCUACACCGACUGGAGCCACAAGUGCUCCGUGGACUGUGGCCUCGGGAUACAGAAGCGUUCCGUGGUCUGUUUGAACAACGAAAUCGAGGAACAUUCGGCGAGCAGCUGCGAGGGUCCGAGACCCCCCGACAGCAGGGCAUGUACCCGGCCACACUGCCCCCGGCAGCUCCAGUGGUACGCCAGUCCCUGGAACGAGUGUCCUGUUCACUGUGGGAACGCGACUCAGAAUCGAGACCUCAUCUGCGUCAUCAAAGUGGGGAACAAUUUCACUGUGAUGGCGCCGGCAGAGUGCGCUCACCUGGAGAAGCCUCCCUCGGUGCGGCCGUGCAGCGCGGGUGCGUGUGGCCCUCGCUGGUUCACCACGGACUGGAGCGAGUGUUCCAAGUCCUGCAUGGGAGGAGUCCAAGCGAGGGAGGUGCGAUGCCUGGACGAUGGCGGCUUUCCCAGCAACCUUUGCAACGAGGCCCAGAGACCCAGUGACCAGAGGAUCUGCCACAGCCACCCCUGCAUCCCGGAUCUUGAUGAAAACUGCAAGGACAAGUACUACAACUGUCAGGUGGUGGUUCAGGCCCGCCUCUGCGUCUACUCCUACUACAAGAAUGUCUGCUGUGCGGCCUGCACACACGCUGAGCGCCGAGCCUCAGACCCACGAGGACGCCACGCUCCAGGAAGGGGCCGGGGAACCUGAGGAUCCUCCCCUCAUCCUCCUCCCCUCCACCCUCCCCACCCACUCGUCCACCACCACCCUCCGUAUAGUCACAGACCCCCCCCAAGCCGAGAGCCAUCGGGCAACUGACGCCAUCCCUCCCGGGCUCUGCCGUCGCCCAUGGCAACCGACUAGGCCUCAGGCAUGGCGGGCAGCCUGCACAGCUGCUUCCCCUCAGACACAACACUUUGGUAUCCCUCGGGGGGGGGGGCGAUGUACACGGGUCAGGGCCGUCUUUAAAUCCAGUCUUAUUUAUUAUCUCCAUCACCCCCUCCAGCCCCUACACCCCCUCCCUAUCUCUGUCACCCCCUCCAGCCCCUACACCCCCUCCCUAUCUCUGUCACCCCCUCCAGCCCCUAC